AUGUAUAAGAGCUACAUAAUAUUAUAUUUAUUAGCAACUGUAACGGCUAAUGAUACUGGAAAAAAAAGUUUUACUAUUGUAAUCGAUACCACGAUAUCAAUGCGUGAUGAGUUAGAAAUAUUGAAAGCGAAUCUUCAAUCUGUGAUUAUGGGUACAAACUUAGCUGACAUCUCAAAUUACAUUUUGGUGCCUUUUGAUGAUCCCGGGUUCGGUCCACCCCUUAUCAUGUCUAAGGCGGAUAGACUCCUAGAGCUAAUGAACAUUGUGGAAGUGGGCGGUGGAAAUGAUUGUCCAGAAAGUUCUUUGCCCGCAAUAGAACAGGCAUUAACAGUGAGCCAGCCAAAUUCGUUCAUAUUUGUAUUCACGGACGGAUACGCCAAUGAUGACAGUAAAUUGACUUCUAUAAAGAGACUGUGUCGUAGUACACGCAGCCAGGUCAUAAUUUUUCUUAGCGGGAAAUGUAUUUCAACUGGGACUAGAGCUGUGGUCGGAACUAUUGACGCUUACUUUGAUAUUGCGAAAUCAUGUUCCGGCUCUGUUCUUCAGUUUGAAUUGAGCAACUAUCGACAGGCUUUUAAAUUUAUGAAAGAAUUAAUAAAAACAGAUUGGACGGAAAUCAAUGCUCAUGAAGAAUUUAUUGGACCGAAACUAUUUACGUUUCCCGUCGAUUCGUACACAAAGGACUUUAUUGUAGCAGUGUCAGGCGAAUAUGCAACUUUGGAAAUCACUGACGAGUAUGGUCGAAGUCCUGCUCUCGAGAAAAUUAUUGAUACACGUCAGUCCCAGGUCGUCCGCAUCGUUACGCCAGAUAUUGGAGAAUAUAAGGCGAAUAUACUGUCCCAAGGACCUACAAUAACGACGUUUUAUAGGAGGAGAGAAUUGAAAUUCCAAUUUGGUUUUUCAACUAAAAUUCCAAGAAGCUUGAAGGAAACCAGUCGCCUACCGUUACCAGGUUCUACGAGCUACAUAUGCGUCGCAGUAGCUGAAAUAUCAAUAGAACUGAAUUCUAUUCAUAUCAAAUUUGAUGGCAGAGAUGUGAAAGCUAUCAAUGUCGAAAUUCUUGACCAAAGUAAAGGUUUAUUCGCGGCAAAGGAAUACUUCGAACCUGGAAAAUCGUUUAAAAUUACGAUAUACGGUCGGGAUUCAUCGUCUUAUCAAGUAAUAAAAGGAACAACGGGUAUAUUAUUACCACAAAGUCACGUAUUUCAACCCCAGGAACAAACACCUAAGAUAACAAUGAUGGAACCAAAGGUAGCAGUAGUGGAUUUUAAAACAAAUUUAACCAUCGCCUGUAAAGUCUCGGGUUAUCCCAAACCAGUUAUUUCCUGGUAUGACGAAACCGGAACGAUUUUGCGGUCAGAGGAUGCUCUCCUCGAAAUUCCAUCAGUUUUUAUAAGCUACGCUACCAUCGAAAAUAUAACUAAGAACGGCACAAUUACUUGCAAAUGUGAAAAUGACGAAGGCGAAGACACCUUGACAAUGGAUCUCUUUGUUAAUAGAACUUUUACAUUUGAAGUGAAGGAAUACCCACAAGACGCAACAUUUGAAUUUGGAGAGGAAGGAAAACUGCUUUGCGAAGUAGAUGCGUACCCAGAAGCUUCAAUACAAUGGUAUCAUAAUGACUCACUCAUAGAUUCGGAUAAUAAUGAUAUCAUUAUCGAAGAAAAUAUGAUUUUAAUUAAAAACAUGACCUUAGACACUACGGGAGAAUAUAAGUGUGAAAUUAAUAAUUCUGUUGAGACGAAAUCAUACAUUGCUGUUGUAGAUAUAUCUGGCUUGGAAAGUCCAGAAGUAAAAUUGGAUGACACUGAACUUGUGUUAAAACCAGGCGACUUUGUGAACACGAAAUGCACAGUUAUUAGUGGUAAACCAGCGCCUGUUGUCACCUGGAAAUUUAAAACUACUGACGAUUUCGGCGAAAUACCGGAAGGUGUUAUCGCUGAAGAAAGUUCUCUCAAAAUUCCGUCAAUAAAAACUGAGCACAUGGGUACUUACAAAUGUGAAGCAGCGAAUAUAGUCGGGUCUGACUCAGGAGAGGUAUUAAUUAAAGUUGAAUAUGCUCCAAAAAUCAAGGUUAAUGAAGAGCUAAAAGUGGUGAAAGAAGACGAUCAAGUUGAAUUAUCGUGUGAAGUUGAUGCUGUACCCAAAGCACGCGUUAGAUGGGAGAUAAUGAAGGAUGAUGUCAUCGUAUCUUUAGACAGCAGACAUUAUACUGAUGAGUGGAAUACCCAUAGGUUUACCGCUCAGUCAAAUGACUCUGGAAAUUAUUACUGUAUUGCCGAGAACGAAGUGGGAAAAGCCGAACGAACAAUAACAGUUAAUGUUUUGGUGGAACCGUACAUCGAAGCUCCUAGGUUGAAUUCGAUAUCGGUCAGGUCCGGUGAUACGGUCACAUUGCCGUGUAUUGUGUCUCAUGGUAAUCCAGUACCUUCAACAAAAUGGGAGUUUAUAGCUCUCAAUUCAACGGUGACUACUUUAUCAAGAGGAAAAUCUCCCAACAAUUUAACAUUAAGGCGUAUUUCGAAAAGACACGAGGGAUCCUAUAUUUGUGUAGCGGAAAAUGAAGCAGGUUCUGAUACGAUUAAAAUAAUUGUCAAAGUUAUCUAA